CUGCAAAGCUACAAUAUAUAACAUAUUACAGUUUUUAAGUUACCAUACUAUAAGGAAUUCAAUGUAUGAUAAGAAUAUCGUAAGUAAGUGAGUAAUGAUAAACACACAGUUAGUUUAAUAAUCCCACAUUUGCUGUACGAUGAAGAAAUACCAUUCUAACCAUAAAAAAGAGUUUCUUUUCAUUGCAAUGCAAUGUUCCUUUUCAUUAACCAUUAUUCUGACAAAGAGAAAUUAUUGGCUACUCCGGGAGUACCACAUAGGAUUAGUGAUGUGGUACUCCCGGCCAAUAGGUAACCACCAGGUGUCAUUAAAAUUUGAUAAAUAUAUUUAUUGCUGGAAACUUCUCUAUUUGUAUUUUUAAUUUAUUUUUCGUGCAAUUAAAGUCCCUCUCUCAUCCCACAAUAAAGGAAGAUUAAACCCUCUUUCUUCCUCCUCCGUUUCUCCAGCCGUCGAGAAACCACCGCCGGGAAAACUGCCCCUUUAUCGAUGUCUCCGCCAUGAUAUCAUCCAACCGAACGGAGAUUGAAGUCCUCUUCCUCCCAGCCACUGUCGAGAAGCCACCGCCGGGAAGAUCGCCCCUCUUUUCGCCUCCUCCUUCGUUCUCCCUACCGGCGAGAAGCCACUGCCGGAAAGACUUUGGUCCAGUCUCGAGCACGAUGAGAUUCAGAUCGGUGUCUCCACCACGCCAUGAUCUCAAACCCAAUGGAGGUUGAAGACCUCUUCCUCCACGCCGCUAGGAAGACUUUGGUCCAGUCCCCCAGGCACAAUUAGAUCUGAAUCGGUGUCCGCGACGCGAUGAUAUCCAACCCAAAUUCAAUGUCAACCCAAAAUCACCAUCGAUGAUGCUUCUGGCGACCCUUUUCUUCCUCCCAAAACAAAAAUUGACGGGCCGGAAAAGGGGUCUCAAAGUUUGGUGGUUGUUUAUUAAAGGUAAUUAACACAAAAGGAAAUUUUAAAUCCCAAUUAAAACGUUUCCAUAGAAAAAUGCUUUAAUGAAUUUAAACAGACAUG